AUGCCGUACUGUUGCGUACCACGCUGCAAGUCUUCGAGCAAACAACGGACGCCGGGCAUAUCGUUCCACGAGAUACCAAGUGAUCCGGAACUUCGAGCGAAAUGGCUAAAGGUCUUUUCUCGGGACGACUGGACACCGAAUACGCUGUCGUGCUACUCGACUGUAUGCAACCGACACUUCGGUUCCUCCGACCUCAAGGAGGGCUGCAAAAUUUUCAAACUCAAGAAAGACGCUGUUCCCAGCAUUUUCGAAGAGUAUCUGCCGUACCUGCAGUCUCCGAAAAAGAGAGAGAGAAGCGACGUGUCUGUGAGGAAACGCGAGGCAGCUGCGCCAGUGAACACACCACUGCGGAAACGAAGAGCAGUUGAGAGCCAACUGGAGACUCCUUCACUUCCUCGCAAUGGCUUGCCGUCUGUCGAUGUCGACUCUCAAGAUUUAUCACAGAUGAUUCGCACCGCAAGCGAACUGCCGUUACCUCUGGAAAACAGCGCAAGCAAGCGCUGCAUUAGUGCGACCAUGCAGGUGGACAGAGCUGUGCAGGUGUCGUCAUUAUCCUCGGUUUCAGCAAUGGUCAAACGAAAGUGGAGACGUAAGGAGCGAGAUUUGAACGCGGGAAUAGAGCGGCUCAAGAUCACCAUCGACAAGUACAAACGCAGGAACUGCAAAACCUCAAGGAAGAAUACUAUGUGUCUGCAUUCCUGA